AUGGUGAAUUUGACUGUAAGGAGGGAUGAGUACAUUAUGGAUCGAAUAGCAGAGGUGCUUGUAACGAGCUGGUCUGGGGAUGAGAGCAGCAGUGGUAGGGUGGAGAAGGAUGGCAGCAACGGUGGUAGUAGUGGCAGCAGAGAGGGCGAGCGGAGGGAGAGGAGCAGGGAUAAGAGACAGGUGGUUGGUGGUGCAGAUGCCGGGUCACUUGUCAUCUCCAAGCUACUGCACAAGCAUCAUCCCCACAUGCGUCUUUUCUCCUUCCUCCCAGCCUCCCUCUCACUCCCUCACAACAUCGCACCGCCACCAACACAACCAUUAGAAUCAGCAGCCGCAGGAGAAGAGGCAGCAAAAGAAAAAUCAGCAAGAGAAGCUUCAGCACUAGCACCAACUGCCACUAGCACGGCACCCCGCCAGCUGGCAGUGAACAGCACGGCGAGCUGGCUGGCGGGGUGUGAGGUGCGGGGGCCUGCAGUGGUGGCGGUGGUGGAGGCAUCGUGGAGCGACAGCCGGAGAGGGGAGAUGGAGGAGGAGGGAGUGGUGGCAUGGGACGUGUACAGGCUCCCCAAGUUCAGACGCCCUGGCCCAUCUCUUGCUCAUAGUCACUGUCUAUCUGUGCUCGUUCCGCCUCUCCUCACCACUCUCCAUCCCUCUACACCCCCCCCCACCUCCCGCCACUCUCAAACCCCCUAUCCCCCCCUCUCAGGCGUCUGCUCGCCUGUCAUCCCAGGGGCAUGUAUCAGCUCAGCCCGGACGUGCCCCUCCUUGUCUCCUGUCCUCUCUGCCUCACUCUCUCACACACACACCGCCCAUGUGCCUCUCUUCCUUUUAACACCCCCCCUCUCCUUCCCCUCCAGGCGCCUGCUCGCCCGGCAACCCAGGGGCAUGCGUCUGCUCGCCCGGCAACCCAGGGGCAUGUAUCAGCUCAGCCUGGAAGCCCCUGUCCUCGCCUCCUUACCUCUCUCCUUCUCCUCCACGCCCCUCUGGCGCGGCAAGCACCCCAAGUCUAUGCUUCUGGAGCUCUGCACCAUGCAGCGCGCCAUCGACUCCUCGCCGAUGUGCAUGGGCAUGUGCGGCUUCAAGACUGAGCAUCAGCAGCAGCAGGAGCAGGAGCAGCAGCAAGGGAAGGAUGGGCGGCAGGAUCAGGAGCAGAAGGAUGAGGACCGGGAGAAGGCACAGGAGGAGCAGGAGGGGCAACGUGGGCAGUGCUGCUGCGAGCACAAGUCCAUGCAGCUGGCAGUUGGAGACCCUGUGUUUGAGUUCCCAUCCCCUUCAGGCUCCCUCAUUCCCACAACCACAGCCACCACCACAGGCACAGGCAUAGGCACAGGCCAAGGCUCUGGUGGUGCGAGUGGUGGCACCAGCAGCAGCAAUACCACUAAUGGCAACGGCACAGCUGUCAACAGUGGUGGGUUCAAAUGCCGGGUGACCAUCAACAGAGGCCCUUCCUCUCCUCCCUUGGUUGCUCUCUCCCCCCGCCGCUAUGCUGCACGCAUGGAUGCAGUGCAUGCUGCGUGCUUAGAGGCCUUGAGGGCGAUUCAGAAGGAGUAUGCGGAAGUGUGGGGGAGAGUGGUUGAUCCCUGGGGGGCAUGGGGGGGAGAGGGGCAAAGGGAGGAAGGAGAGGAAGGGGAGGACGGGGAACGAAUGGAGAUUUGUACAGGAGACGGAAAUGGGGGGUAUGGAGAGGAGAGGGAGGAGAAGGAAAGGGAGGAGGAGAAGAGGGAAGAGGAGGAGGAUGGGGAUGGCAGAAUGGCAAGGAAGCGUUUGAAGGAGGUUGAAGAUUCCUCCCCAACACGAGCACCCACCAGUGCAGUGCCAAUGCUAGGCAGUACUGAUGCCGUGGCAGCGCUAGGGUCUUCUCCACGCCCAUCUCCCUCUUCCUCCUCCACACCUGCUGCCUUGGGCUGCCUCGUAUCCAUCUCCUAUAGGGUAUCUCUGCAACAGGGCGCAAAAUUGCCUCACGGUUGCUCAGAAGAAGUCUGCUCGGAGGGCAAGGAGGAGGUGUGCUUGGAGAGCAAGGAGUGCUUCGAGUUUGAGUUUGGGCGGGGCUGUGUGGACGAGCGGAUCGAGGCUGUGAUUGGCCGCUUGCUGCCAGGUCAGACUGCUGACAUCAGAGUUCCGAUCCGCGGGCAUCUGCCGCCCUUCCCGGCUCUGGAGGCGAUUCAGCCUGCGACAGGGCCUUCAGCCCUGCACUGGCGCAUCACGCUCCUCUCAGUGGCAGCAGCAGAGGAGGAGGAUCGCAUGACGCAGCUGUCCUCACUUCACCCCCAUUGUCUCCCUCCCUUUCCCCUCUUCCUUCCCAAUCCCAGGGCCCUCAGCCCUCCACUGGCGCAUCACUCUGCUAUCAGUGGCAGCAGCAGAGGAGGAGGAUCAAAUCGAUGCAGCCAUCUUCUCCCCAUCUCUCUCUUUCCCCUCAUGCACCCCCACCUCCCCAACCCCCCCACCCUUCCCCCUAUCCUCCCACUCCCAGAGUUCACAGCCCUCCACUGUCGAGUCACGCUGCUCUCAGUGGCGGCAGCGGAGGAGGAGGAUCGAAUCGAUGCAGCCAUCUUCUCCCCCUCCCUCUCCAAGCAACGCCUUGCCUUUGCCGCUGCACUCAUCUCAAAGCACUCGCCGGCUUUCCUCCUGGAUGUUGGGUGCGGGUCUGCCUCUCUCUUCGACUACUUGCUAUCUGCUUCAGCCGCAGCAAGCAAGGGCAGUGGCAAGGCCGGUAGUGCUGGCUGUGACAAUGGCAGUGGAAGCAGUGCUGAGCGAUUUUGUUUACCGGCGAGCAUGGUGGGGUUUGACAUCAGUCAGAAGGAGCUGGAGCGGGCUGGUCGGAGCCUAACUCGCACCAUAACAAGCCUGCAAGCAGCCUCACAGCCGGCAGCAGACGCAGCCACUGCAGCAACACAGGUUGAGCCGGCACCUGAAACAACCUGCACCGUUGCAGCACGAGCAGCAUCAGCACGGUUGGCGCUCUAUGCCGGUUCCCUUGCUGACGUGGACGAUCGCAUGAAGGACGCUGAUGUGGCAACUUGCUUGGAGGUGGUGGAGCAUUUAGACGAGGAGCCACUGGCAGCCUUUGGGGCCGUGGUGCUGGGGGCACUCAGACCCCGCGUUCUGCUUCAGCCACAAGAAGCAGCAGGGCAGGCAGGAGGAGGGAAGAAGAGGCGGAAAAAGAAGAAGGGACAGCAGGCAGGCCAGCAGGCGGAUCAGACAGGACAGCAGGCAGGUCAGACAGGACAGCAGCCUCAGGAGCAGCAGCAGCAGGAGUUGCGAAAUUCUGAUCACCGUUUUGAGUGGACCAGGGAGGAGUUUGAAUCCUGGGCGAAUGCUCUGGCCCAGGAGUAUGGUUACCAUGUUACAUUCGGUGGAGUGGGCGUGCUGCCAGAAGCAGAGCACCUGGGAUUCGCCACACAAACAGCUGUAUUUGAGAGAGCUACAUGUGAGAUGAAGGAUUUAGGUCUGGGAUCUGAUGUGGGUCAGAUGCGGGACCUAAUGACUCUCAACCCUGACGUCAAUGUCCCAUCUCUCUGUACAAUGUCCCCUGCAUCUUCCCUGUCCCUCCCCUCUCGCCAGAUGCGUGACCUCAUGACACUCAAUCCUGACGUCAUGUCGUUGGGUCGGGGCGUGGUGUACUGGUUACCACCCGUCGCAAUGCGUGAUCUCAUGACGCUCAACCCUGACGUCAUGUCGCUGGGCCAGGGCGUGGUGUACUGGUUACCGCCCGAUGCAGUCCUGGCAGCAGCGCAGGCAGCGGUGCAUGACCCAGUGAGCAGCGGGUACGGAGUGGACGAUGGCACCAAGGAGCUCCGGGCAGCGCUGGUAGAGAAAGUCAAGACGGAGAAUGGACUUAUGGACUCGUCCAUCAUGGUUACUGCUGGGGCCAACCAGGCGUUCGUGAAUGUGGUGCUGACGCUCUGUGACCCGGAUGACGCUGUGGUGCUCUUCAAGCCGUUCUACUUCAACCACCAGAUGGCCUUUCAGAUGACUGGUGUCACUGACAUCGUGUAUGGGCCCUGUGACUCUGACACCCUGCAUCCCAGCGCUGAUUGGCUAGAGGAGGCGCUUUCAGGGAAGGAGGGCAGGAAGGUUCCCAAGGUGGUGGUGAUAACCAAUCCCAACAACCCCACCGGGACCUAUGUUCCCGAGGACUUACUGCGGAGAAUCUCCGCUAUAUGUGAGAAGGCUGGCUCCUGGCUGGUGCUUGACAAUACCUACGAGUACUUUAUGUACGGUGGUAACCGCCAUGUGUGCCUGGAGGCCCCUCACGUGCUCAACAUCUUCUCCUUCUCCAAGGCCUAUGGCAUGAUGGGAUGGCGCGUUGGCUAUAUCGCGUACCCCAACUCCUCCCCUGGGCUUGGCCCGUCUCUCAUUAAAGCCCAGGACACCAUCCCCAUUUGUGCCAAUCUCAUUGGUCAGCAAGCAGCCCUCGCCGCUCUCCAAUCCCCUUCCGCCGGGAAACCCUUCGUCGACCGCCUUAUCCAGACCCUAUCCCCGAACCUGGAGGAGGCUCGGGACGCCCUAGCCAUGCUCACAGGUCCGGGGGUUGGAGGGCGGGUGUGGGGCGGGGAGGGGGCGAUUUACCUUUGGGCGAAGCUUCCGGAAGGAUGUGAAGAUGAUGGGGCUGUGGUGAGGUGGUUGGUGAGUGAACAUGGUGUGGUGGUUAUUCCGGGGAGUGCGAGCGGUGCACCCGGGCAUAUUAGGGUGUCUUUUGCAAACUUACCCGCGGAAAAGUACAAGGUUGCUGCAGGGAGGUUGAAGAAGGGGCUUCAAGAGCUGGUUGAGAAGGGGAUGAGGUUUCCUCUAAGUCAGUAA